GAAAAGAAAAAUCGUUCGCAUUUCCUUCAUCGCCGUCGUCUUCUUCCUAGGGCUCGCUCUCCUCCAUGACAGGCGAUCCGUCACCUCCAUUGCCAAUACACCUCCUUGGAUUGAAUUGAUUGGCGAAGUCGGGGAGUUGCAGGGGAACUCGGUGGAUCUAAUUGCUAUGAUUAUGGCCGAUACGCGGAGUUGAAGCUUACGCUUGCAUUGGCAGAAGAGAAGAUGAGCAGGCUGUCGUUCAGGCCUCGCCCUCUCGACAUCCACAAGAAGCUCCCUAUCGUGAAAUCGGUCAAGGAUUUCGAAGAUGACGACACGCCCACGACGUCCGCCACCCGCAGUUCCCAGCUGUCGAGGCUUUCUUCUUCUAUCGACUUCGAUAACCAUGCCAGCACUGGCAACGAGGUAAACCCAGUCCCAAGUAGUAAGAAGGUGGCUUCUGAAAUACCUACUCCUGAAUAUGUUGUUGUCGAUACGUACGAAAGAGAUUAUUCGCGCACCUUCAGUCAGCCGACGUCUUAUUUGCGUGGAAGGGGAGCUAGGGCUGAGCUUGGAGAAUUUAUUGAGUAUGACUUGGACAAUGAAGAUGAGGACUGGCUUGAAGAAUUUAACCAGGAAAAAAAGAUUUUGUCGUCCGAAAGGUUUGAAAGUCUUCUCUUCCGCUUUGAGGUAUUGGAUCAUAAGGCUAGAGAAAGAGCUGGAGUCUUAACAACUGCAUUAGGUUCACCAAUUCCUGUUCUCUUGCAACUUGAUGCUGCUAGUGAGGCUGUACAGGCUCAGUCCAUUAAAUAUUCAAUUUUCCAUUCUGUUUAUUCUUAUUGGAAAGAGAAGCGUGAACGGUGGCAAAAACCUAUAUUGCGGCGUCUCCAGCCUCCCCCACCAGUUAAUGACACCAACCCCUACAAUGUCUUUAGACCCAGGGAGAAAGCCCAUAGACUCCACACAAGAAGGAUGCAACGGAGAGAAAAUAAUGUGCAAUCAUUUGAAAAGCUUCGUCAGGUCCGACGUAAUCUUGAACAAGCAAAGAUAAUCAUGGAGGCUUUGAUUAAGAGAGAAGAGAGGAAAAGAGAAGCGAUGGAGACUGAAGUAAGCCUUCAGAGGCUUCAGAUGAAAUAUAAGAAUGAAAUGGAGCUAGUGGAUGAUAGCUUGGCUCUACCUGGAUUUCCACCUGUGUCUUCCAAGUUUGGUUCGACUGAGGAAGAGUUUGUGGACUCUGAUGAAAUUGCCAACUUUCGUCCUCGAUCACGGUCUUCGGCAACACAAAGUCUACCGUAUUCGAACUCCAACUUUGUUUCGGCUCCUCCAGGCAGCUUCAAGCAAGAGUCGAGACGGCGACCUGUGCCCAAUACAUGGCUGCAUAAGAUGGAUCCUCUUGAGCCAAUUCUGUUGUUCACAAAACCUCUAGUUCCUGAGAAGUUGGCAGCUGCCGGCAUUGUGCCGCCGGCCAAUUUGUCGAAGAGUUUUACUACCCCAACCGUCAAUAAGUUCCGUGGAAGAAUAGGUCGCGGGGGUCGAAUAAUAUUUGAUCGGUGGAACCCUCUUUUGCAUUCCCCAAUCGACUUUGGCAGCUCUUCCUAUGUACCAUAACUGCAACCUUUUAAUUUCUAGUUAAACACUGAAAUCUUGUAGUAGUAUCACCACUCCGACAUGGAAAAUGUAUAUCAGGGGUGUGGUGGGAUGGUUGAUAUUUUCCUGCGAUGCUCUUCACUUUGAUUC